AUUCUCAUUUCUCGUCUCUUUCUUACUAGUCUCCCUCAUUCACUCUCAUUCACAUCCAUUGUUAGCCGCUUACAAGCCUCCUCCUGGCCCACAGAGCCGGGAUAUCAAGCUUGACGCUAGGUCUACGCCGACGGCAUGGCCCAUUCACCAUCUUUCUAAUCAUCCCCUCAGCUGGUCGAGGGAGCUUUAACCCUACCCGCCCCAGCUGUCUUUUUCCAUUUGCCUCUCCUAGUUCCAACUCGCCCCGAAGAGCUGAGCCAUACCGGCCUCAUGGGAAACGCUCCCUCCUCCGAGGACCCAAGACGGCCUCAAAAGCUUUCUAAGCCGCAACUGGGCAACUAUGCUCCGGCCGCUGACCUGCCCAAUCCUACCGUCGACGUCAACUCUCAUCAUGGCCGCUUCUCCAACUCAUAUCUUGUCGGGUCGGUCCCCAUCUCUCCGACCAACUCUUCCCCCGUCGACUCAACGCACCCCGGUAUCGGUAUCGCUAUUGGUGGAGAGGACUUAGAAAAUACUGAUCAAAAUUCCCGUCGAGAUUCACGCUUGUGGAGUGUUGUAUCGCGGACUCGAUCGUUCAAAUCCGAUCACUUACGCUCAAGAUCGAUGGUUGCCACUAGUUCGAGAAGAGGUUCAUUUGUCAGUGACGGCGCCUUGCCGUUUGCGCACUCAGAAAGUCUGCCGACUGCUGUACAUCGCGGCUCUGCCAACUUCGAUGUGAGGGCCUACGAAGAUCAGCGACUUCUGACAUUGGAUCGAGAGAUGUCAGACGAUUCUUCCACAUCGACGCCUGAGAGACAGUCACCAACCCGUGAGCUCACAGAAAAUACAUGGAAGAGCUCUCACCCCACCCAAGAGAGAACAUCCAUCGUUAGGUCCGCUUCUGAUGUGUCUCUAUAUACGCCAAUGCGUCGACGAUCCAUCGUCCAGACGCCGGGAGUUGCCACUCGAGCACACAGGCGCGCUCCCUCGGCCAAGUCAAACUUCCCGAGCAGUCUCCCAACAACCCCAAGUCAUACCAGGCAUAGCUCAAUUGCAUCGGAUGGUGUUGAAGUAUUGUCCGUACCACCAGUAAAGUUUGGUUCGCAACCACCGGAACGUGUUGUGACACCCUGUGAGGCAGAGUACAAGCAACUGGGUGGCAUAAAAUUUGGUUCACUGCGCAUCAUGAACGGAUCGCCUAAGCUCAGUCCAAGACCUGAGAAGGGGAACAAAAUGGAAAGCGAAUCGACACCAACCAAAGUUUCCUAUUUUGGCCGUCAGGCACCUUUGACAAAGGUGGCUGACCCCAACGAGUGCUUACAGAAACCUCUUUCCGAAGCAUCAAACCCGAUGGCGGCGAAUAAACAGACCACCAGCGAGACCAACCGACACGAGGAUGGCUCUUUGUCUGAGAAUGGCAAUGGGCAAGAAUACUCGACUGCCGAGGUCUUAGAUGUCAGAGACGAUCCGAACGCAAAGCCCACAGCCGAAAGAAUCCGACUUGAGCUCGAGAGCAAGGCCCUCAAGAGUCUAAACAGAUCAGACAGUGGAUUUGUUUCGAGUCCUUCAUCUGAGGGCUCUCGGAAAGCGGCGUCCAAGGCCGAUAGUGGCUACAGCUCGAAUGUGUCUUUGCGCUCCUUGCGCAGUUUGAGAUCUGCGGUCACGGAUAUUGGCCGUAAGUCUCCAGAAAAGACACAAGGUAAGAGCUCAGAGCGACUGAACUCGGAAAAGGUUGGAUCACUCCCUGGUACUGCUACUGGGUCUGGUCAUUUUACGCCUAAGAAGAUGGAAAUUCAACAGCGGCCCGGAACAACGAUGGUGAUGACACCGUUGACCUCGAGCAAUGUGAGUCGAACGAAGAGUUCUUCACAUCCAUCAUCGGCUCGUGGGGGUCGAAUGCGAGUUCCUUCUCUGAAGGAUGUGAAGCAGGAGCCCCAGUCACCGAGAUCGAGGCCCCAAUCCAGCUCAGCUCGGUCCCAGGAACAGGUUCGCGUCGCUGGGAGCACCAGUUGUCCACCCACCCCCAUUCUCUCGCAACAUCCCUCUAGAACCGCCCAUGGGAGCAGAAUGCAACGGAUGCUGAGCGCCCCUCACAGGAAGGGCCCUCCUAAGGUUCGGAACAAUCGCACGGCCGACAAGACCCUCCACAGGAGCCGGAGCGAUAUCUCAAGCCACACGACCGGAAACAAGGUGCGGUUUUCAAAGGCUUCUCGGCGACCGAUGAUUCACGACGACAAAAGCAAGGAGACACUCAGGACUAUUAUGAGUGUGGGGAGCACGGAUGUCCUUCAAUGCGGACCGGGACGGCAGGGCAACAAAGCCCAAGACCUGGCUAAGCAAGAGAUGGACGAGUCAACUCCAAAGACUCCACGACGCGGAUCUUUCCGAGCAAGAGCCAAGUCCCUCACUCAAGCAGCGACAACCUUGCUUAUAUCAGGAAAAACCUCGAUGACUAAGGUAUCGAAAGACAUUGAGGUGGAGGGUCCACCAAAGGCCGGGGUUGUUGGGAAUGCUCGUGUUCAGAGUGGCAAUGAGUCUGACACCGCGAACCGGGCAGAGAGAAGGCCUAUCAACAAGUCCAAACCUACGGAGCCCAGAACCAACAGCCGGCCCAUUCCUGCCCCGAGAAGAAGCUCUAUGCCAGCCUUGCCAGCAACUCACUCAUCGCUUCUCAACCAGUCCAACGCUGCGCUAUAUCGUGCGAAUAAGACCAAAUCGCCUCCACCAGUGAGCAUGCAGACACGCACCGGAAAACAGUCCCGUGGACAGUCUCGUGGGCAAUCUCGCGUGCAGCCUCUCGGACAGGCCCUUGCACACUCUCAACCGCCGGCUCCCGCCGAGCUGGCUCACUUGCGACGACACUCAGCCCCACGAGAUUUUCGCCGUGACCUUGUUCAAAGCUACCCACCUACGCAGGGCGCACCAGUAUUCUACGGGUACCCAUCCGCAAACCAGAUUGUGGCAAUGAACCAUCAGCAGUUGGCUAAUUUCCAGGGUCAUCGAACGGUGUCGUGGGAUGUGGGAUCUGGCUCGCGCCAGUCCCCCUUGCUCAUUGCCCAUGCUGGCUACCAACGAACGGGUUCGACGCCGACUCAACAAGGACGCCACGGCCAUACUAGAGUCCGAUCGAGGAGCGACACUGCUCCACCGCAGCAGCAACACGGCCAACUCUUGCCUCAAAUGCAGCCGAUCCAUGACAGGAACCUUUUAGGCCAACAAUGGCUUCAACACCACGUAGUACAAUCGCAUGGACAGGUGCAAGGGAUGGAUGCCAUGGUAUUCCAGGAAUUUGACCGCCAUUCCACUCCAAACCCCCAACGCGGUCCUUCGCGCCAUAGAAGGGCCAUUUCGCAUGGGGCCGUGCCCAGUCAAAAUCCACCGUUCCGCGUCCUCCACAGCUACAACUCCCCAGCAUACAGGGGCGUGCCUAUCUGGGGCUGAUUUCUCUACCCAUGUUUUUGAUUUUACUAUGUUUUCUUUCUUUCUCCGAGAUACCAUUAUGGCAACAAAUUGGGGGUUUUGGCGUUUAAACAGGCUUUUGUUUUCUUCACUCACAAACUGGCACCGCUCGCUUUCUGUACGUUGCAUUCAAAAAGCAACUAUACCAUCAUUACUGGCCUCGCUGGCCUUUCUGUUCGCGGAUGUUUAAAUUCAGGAAUAUUCGAGAGGAUCAGGUACGCUCAUUUUCCAUGCUGGGAUACACGGCAACUUUGUAUCACGGAUCUGGAAUUCAGGCUUGAUGAUUUGGGUCGGUUGGUCAGGUUAGAUACCCCAAGAUUGUGGAAAGAGGAUACCAACCAAGGAAAAGCCAUGUACCUUGCUCUAGGUAUAGAAUUGAGAUCACAAUUUUGAUCAAACACAGUGCCGUUGAGUCAUGGUUGUGCAAUUGGGUGCUUAGACUAAGAAUGAGAGGCGCACAAAUUCGUC